AUGGAGGAUGAAAGGGAUGGAGAUUUAAGGGUACCUUUAAUCUCCUCCCUCUUCUUCGUUUUGGUUUUCACCGGCGGUAUUUUCUUAACAUUUUAUGUUUUCGCGCCCAGCUUUUCCAAACCAUGGUUUCCUGGGAUCGCGCUAGUUUUGAUCGGAUCACCGUGGGUCUUUUGGUUGUUGACCUAUUUGUAUACAUGCUUUAAGGGUUGUUGUAGUAAUGAAUUGCCUUACAACUAUGACCAUGCAAAUUCAAGGAGAGGGUUCCCUUCUCAUCCAACAACCCCUCGUCGAAGCGCUGUCUCCAACCAAACCAAAGCCAUGGAUAGGUCCUGGUCUACGGAUGGUUCACCACGCGAUCAGGCAAUCGGUUUGGACAAUGUUGGUUCGCGUCAUGUGCAUUUUGGGGAGGAGGUGUUGGUGGUGGAAAGUGAUGGGAGCAAGGUUAUUCAUGAGAUGGAGUCAUGGACGAAUUCAACCAAGUCAACGCCACUGAAUGCAUCUUGA